AGACAGACGGUUGGAAAAGAAGCUGAAGAUCACACAGAAGGAAAGGUAAUGGUGCUGCGCGGUUCGGAAAACCUUAUUUUCCCCAUGUGCUACUGGAUGUCUGAAAACCUGGGGAGAGGAAACGGAGCCGCUGUGGACUGAGAGGGAACGUCAGGUUGGAGAUAAGCGCUAGGGCAGCUCUGUGAUCGUGCCACUAGGUGGCUCUUCCGCUCCGUAGCAGAGGAGCGGAGAGAUUCUUGAGAGCGAUUUUAUUUCAGAGCCGGGUCUUCCAGGCUGGAUGUAGCUACAGCUGUGGGGAAGCAGUUUGAGAAAAAGGCACUCAGAGGAAGAAAUGGUCGGCUGCUUAUAGUCAUGGUGUUACUCCUCUGGGACUCCCACGCAGGAAAGGAACUGUAGAAAUUCGAACGCUGAGAACUGGGGCCAGGGCUGGCUCCAAGGAGCGAAAUGGCAGGGUUUGGAAGCAGGAGGUAUCACCAGGUGUCCUGGCGAGAGGAGCUCGAAAAGGCCUGGCAAGGAGUGGAAUCGAGUAGAAAAUCAAAGUCUCCUCCUAAAGUGCCGAUCGUGAUUCAGGACGACAGCCUGCCCUCGGGUCCUCCCCCACAGAUCCGGAUCUUAAAGCGGCCGGCGACGAACGGCGUGCUCAGCAACCCCAACUCGGCCACCAGGCCCGCGUUCCCCGUGAAGUCCUUGGCACAAAGGGAGGCAGAGUACGCCGAAGCCAGGAAACGAAUACUGGGCAGCGCGAGCCCCGAGGAAGAACAGGAGAAACCCAUUCUAGAUAGGCCGACGAGGAUCUCCCAGCCGGAAGACACCAGACAGCCCAAUAAUGUGAUAAGGCAGCCACUGGGUCCUGACGGUUCACAAGGCUUCAAACAGCGCAGAUAAACGUGGGCACGAGAGGAUGCUGCAGGAAGCAGGGUCAGCUGCCGCGGGUCGCACUGCCGUGGCGGACAAAUGGACUUGAGCAAAGGGAACUCCCUGGUUUACUUGCACUGUGAUCCCCUUUGCUCUGCCCACUGUGACCUCCAACCCCACGCACUGUGACCUCCCCGCUCCACCCACUGUGAUCGGCAAACCGACAAGGGCUGUCCCCAGUCACUGUAAAUGGAAAGGGGAGGGGGUGUAAAGGACUCGGACGGGUGCAGAGAGCCAUGUGUGCCACUUUGGCUGAAGCUAGCGCCAGCAAUAAUGUUUGUUGUACUCGUAACUUGGGAUUUAAGGAAAAAAAUGGGAAGCCUCCCCAGAUGCGCAUGUUGUCUUUAUCACUUUAAGAGCAAGUUUGGUUUCAAAGGAUCUUUUAUUUUUUUGUUUUGUUUGUAUAUCAGAUCGACUUUUGAGGGAGUGCAUGGGAAGGGUUUUAACUGUUUAGUUCGUUUUAAUUGAGAGAGGUAGUUAAGUGUUCAAAAAGGAGUUUCAGUGAAUUUCUGCAACUUUAAUGGCUAGGGUUUGGCAAGCUUAGCUUCUUGUUCUGUAUUUCUACUGCUGCCAAGCAAAUGGAAGCGGACUCCUGGCUACCCAGCCUUUCUGGUCGCCUUGGCCUGGGAGCCAGCGCAGUCCGAUGACCUGGUUUACGUAUUGCACCUGUUAAAGCUUGGCUAGUGUUUUCUGCUGGCUUGAGGAAAAACUUAAAGUACAUCACUUAAAGUACAUCUUUUUGUGUUUGGGGAGAAGGGAACGUAGAUGGAUCCCUUGAAAACGCCUGCUGCGUGGUUACUGCUUGCAGCGGAGUGGGGCGGCGAGGAACUAGGGCUCUGCAUCUGGACGUGCAGGCUAGGAGGGGAACAGUGAGUGCUGUGCGGCUCUGCUCUGCUCCACGAGGUAAACCCACGCGAGGAGCCCCGCUCAGUCCAGCCCACGCUCACCCAGUGGCUGGCGUAACGGCAGGGAGCGAGACGGCUGCUGCUCCAAAGGUUCGAACCCAAGUGGCUUACGAUGGACCCGAAGGCUCUGAUCUGUUACGGUACGAGCCGUACCUGAUGCAUUUCCUUCCAGAAAUCACAGACAUCGGGAACAAAACGUGUUCAGUGAAGUCUGGAACCACCCCCCCCCGCCCCGACGUCGUGCGCUGCGGGCGGUAACAGCUGGCUUCCCGCUGGCUUCAGGGAACGGAUGGCUCCUGCUGCUCCAGCUCCUGCAGAGAGGACGGUGCCGCGGGCAGCUCGCGGGCCGAAAACUUCCCCGGACGGCAGUGGUGGAGGAGAGCCACGCGGUACCGCCAGCCGCCUGUGUCGCAGGACGCUGCUGACCGUGGGCGCUGCCCCGUGCCCAGCGCUGUCCGUCCCGUUGUGCUGUCUGGCUCUGCACACUAGACAAGCUGACCUAUCUCGACGUUCCUGUCUCCAGGGAUUAGAUGAACACUACAGCUCUUGUUGGAAUGGAUGCCGACGGCGGCCGCCCGCGUGCGAGCGGCUCCAGGCUCGGGGCCACUUCUGCCUCUCGCUGGGACCCCGACGGCUCCUUCAGCUGGAAGGCUGCGGGCCGGCGGCUUGCUGCGUGCUCAGUACCUGGGAAACGAUUUCUGGCCAUCGAGCAUUGUUGUGUACGGGUGCAGUGCUGCCGGCUGCUUCGUGCUCGGUAGGUUUGGUAAACGAGCAAACGGAGCGCCUUCUGCCCGUGCAGGAGCGACCGCACGAAAUGCCUGCCACGCCGCGCUGUAUGGGAGGCUCCCGUACGGGAAGACGUGUACGGAAAUACGGCUUAAACGUACCGGUAAAAUAAAACUACCUGUGUACAAACAGACGGAAUCUGCUAGAAUGUUAAUCGGCUAAGGACUGUGCCGCCCUCCACGUGGGUCCCCAGAGCGGGCGAGCCCAAGCGGCUGGUGGAGGAGGAUGGCGAGGUGGGGAAGGACAGGAGGCCAUCCCCCCCAGGAGCCUGGCCCCAGAUCUCCACGGCGUAGGAGGCUCUAGUCUUGCUGUUUACCAAGCUCCCUCUCAGGCUGGAGGCAUCCACAGCUGCUUGGCCGGCAGCGUUUUUUGGGUCUUCUUGUUUUGUUUUUUUUUUUUAAAUUUCCUCCCCCCUGCAGGCUGGUGGCAAGGAAGAGUCCCUGGAAAAGCAGCUCUGCAGAGGGAAGGCGGUGGGGAGCGGGAGGGGAGAAGGACAUUAGCAAUAACCGUAGUCACCGCGCCUUUCCUUAACUACUGCUCAAAUAGCUUUUAUUCCAGAGGGCCAGCGGCUGGCAGAAAGCCACAGAGCCCAGCUCCCGGCGUAGCUUCAGCUGCCCCGCCAACCUUAGACGUCUUCUCCUGUACGUCAGGUGCCUACAACCCCUUCUCGUUGCACAUGCGACCUUGUUCUCCAGCACCGACUGCGCGUUAAGCCGCUCGGCGGUGGCCUCGGCAGCUGCUCCGUGCCCGUGGCACGGCCGGGACGCCUCCGACCUGCGGGCAGGGCGAGGGGGUGAUCCCGGCGGCAGCACCGCGCGCAGCCUUGCCCGGGGCUCGCCCCGAAGACGCGCCGCUCUCGGGGCACCGAGCGCUUCUCCCGCCGCGGCACCUGGGCCGCAGCCGGUGCCGCCCCGUAAGAGUGCGCCUAAGUAUGCAGAUAAACAUUUUAUAAAUUGUAUUUUAAAUAAAUGUGUUUAAACUUUUCAC